AUGACCUCUGUAGGUGUACCAAUCAAGAUCUUGCACGAAGCCGAAGGCCAUGUUGUAACACUUGAAACAGUGACGGGUGAGGUAUACCGAGGUAAACUUCUUGAAGCAGAGGAUAACAUGAACUGUCAAAUGGCUGAAGUAUGUGUGACAUUCCGAGAUGGAAGAACUCAUCAGCUGGAUAAUGUUUUCGUUAGAGGGAAUAAGAUUCGUUUUAUGAUCUUGCCGGAUAUGCUAAAGAACGCCCCCAUGUUCAAAAAUAUUGGUCGAGCUCAGAAGGGAGCCAUUGGUAUGGGUAUGGGAGACAACGUUCGAGGAGGCGGUCGUGGUGGUAGAGGAACGUCAUUCCGUGCAAGGGGCGCCGGCAUGGCACGAGGUGGUGCACGUGGAGCAGUCCGUGGAGGUCCUGGCGGCUUCCGCGGGUAG